UUCGAGAUCACGAGGCUACUAGGCGGCGACCAACCUCAGAAUUGAAGCACGAUCUUCACAGGUGGAAGAUCCUUCUGAGUACCUGGACUUCUAGAUCGCUCAAGAAAUACUUUUGCACAGUAGAUGUGAAAUUAUCAGAACACGGACUCGGAGGACCAGCUAUUUAUUUCACGCUUUCGCUUCGUAAUAGCUGUAGAUAGCUACUUUUUAUGUCGAGCCAUAGCUAAUAUUCUCGCAAAGAAAAAAAAAUCGCUACCAGGACCUCACUGACCCGUUUUCAUUCCACAAACGUACCCCCCUCCCCACUUGUUCAUGAUAUCGAAGCGAGAACAAAAGAUUCUUGAAAUACAAAGUACUCAAAGGCCAUGACUGAUACGACGCAGAGGCCUCAGCAACAGUGCACCGGACUGGCCGGUAUUCUGGUGCUGAACAUCCCUGAGCGUGUCGACCGGCGGGAAUGGCAGGAGAAAACGCUAGGAAAAGCCGCAGCCUCGCUCCAGAUUCCAAUCAAGUGGCUCAAUGGGUUCCACGCCGAGUCACUAGAAACAAACCGCUACACGCGACUUGCGGGCGAGACAGACGCGGGGAUGAAGGAAACGGAAAGGGCUUGGAUACAAGAUUUCGGCCUCAAGCGAACGCCCGAGCUUGCUCGGUACUAUGGCAGAACGACGACAAGGGCUGAAGUUGGAUGUUUUUUAAGUCACGCGCAAGCAUGGCGUGAGGUAGUGGUUGGCUCUUCAACUACUACAUCAAGUGGACCCGCCGUUAGUGCUUCUAGUUCUUCGUCGUCUUCCUCUUCUCACGAGCCGUGGGCGGAUUCAGAUACUGCUAGUGGUAGCAACAGCAAAAGACGCAGAAUCGAAGGCACUGAAAUGGGCGAGCGGAGGACCACUUCUGGUGAAGAAAGCCACCUGCCACUGUUGGGAGAGUCUCGCCUUCUACAAAAGGAAUAUUGGCUUAUUCUAGAAGACGACGCGGCGCCGAUGACGUGCAAUCCGGUCGUGUUUGAAAAUCCAGAGUUGGUCGUGGACGAAUGGGUUCGCAAGCUCCGACUGGUAGAGCAGAAAUCGAGCGAGCUGCUAAGUGCGGCAUUAAAUCGACGAACGUACACAACUGCUACUACUGCCACUCCUGUCGAUUUCGUGUACGUUGGAAGAAACGAGCUUUGGGCCGGCGCGAAUAAACUUGGAAGAAAUUCCAAGGGUCUUUCGUUCAACGACGGUAAUGACGGCGAUGAAGUUGAUGGUUUCAACGAUGACGACUUUCUCACACCUGUUUUCAGUUCCUGUCUCCACGCCUAUCUUGUGACACCCACCGGCGCAGGGAAACUACUUGCGCCCACCGAAAUCCUCUUGCGGCGAAGCAGGAUUUUUGAUGCGAUCCGAAACGAGCGACCGGAUCCGGAAGAUCUAAAGAUCGAACAGCCCAACGAUAGUGGUUGUCCUUUAUCGACACGAAAAGACGGCAUCAUGGCCGCUGACGAUUGGGUUCCGGGUUUACUUGCGGGAAAUAAGCACCCACGGAGUGCUGUGCAGCGGCUUUUGCAGGACUGCACGUCUAGAUGUACCUCUGAGAAACAAGGGAAAUUGCGAGCCUUAGCCUUUCGAGAGAACCUCAUAAUCCAGCUGGGCGAGAUUCGGCCAGAUCUUCCAGCGGCUAUGUCUACGAUUGAACGGGUACGGGAGAUGCUGGUGUUACCCUCAAAUAGCCGCGAGGCUGGUGCUGGCAUAAGCAAGCACGGCAAGAUGUCUGAGGAUGAUGCGCAUGAUAAUGUGACGUUCACCGAGGUCCAAGCAAGUACGUACCAGGAGUUUUCUGCAAGGAGCUUGGUUUCACAGCAGGGAGAAGUCGUGCUGGUCAGGGACUUCUUCAGACAGCACCGUCAGGUGGGCGGAAUCAGAGACGACACGACCCGAAGUUUUGACUUAGCGCAGCCAAUUGGUACGCUCCUACCAUGCGAGGCAGCCGACCCAAUUACUCACAGCGCCACAUGUGUUGAUGUGUUUGACGCAGAUUCGGAGCAGGUGGUCAACGACAAAAUGACACUUGGUGCUUUUGCAGAAAAGCACCUCGUGAUGCCUAGUAUCGCGAAACAAACAAAAUCGGAUGGCGUUGCUGACAGUCCGACACUUUCGGCGUUGUUUCUCACGGACCACUUUGCAAAGUCUCUGCAGCGAGGAACUGCACCUCGGGAUAGCUCUGGAGACACUAAGCGGAAAGGGAAAAAUCCAUCCGCCUCUUUCGUAUGGGACGCAAACACAGAAAAGAUGCUACGAGCGCUGGGACUAACCUUGAGCGACGUCACGUGGGCCAAGGCUGAGGCUGCCGAUAUUCUUGAUUCGGCACUGGAAGCCGUUCGACGGAGAAAAAGUGCAGAGGCGAAAAAAGCAAACAAAACAAAAAGUAAUUCCUCCGAGGACAACAUGAUCGUGGACAACGCCUGGGUCCUCGUCUGCCCCACCGGUCCUGGGUUUUCCUGGCACUGCGACCCCUAUCAGACGUCGGCCUGGAACCUCCUGAUGGCCGGCGGACCAAAGCUGUGGCUGUUUGCGAAAAACUGGUGCCCUUUUCAGUUCGACAGUGAAGCAGCGCCAGCCCAGGGAAAUAUAGCGCCGCGUGAGGUUUUCUAUUGCCUACAGAAAGAGGGCGACGCUAUUUUCCUGCCGGCAAACACCUGGCAUACGACACACAACCUAAGACCUUCGGUUGCGUUUACGAAAAACUUCCUCUUUCGGCAUCAGGUGGGAAACAUUCGCGAGGCAGUACGAGAAUUGAGGUCACUUUCCUACGGUGAGCUUGCGGAUGAGAUUUGCAGCCAGUUUGCGACGGAUGGCAGGAGGACUGACACCGCCGGCGACGGAAAGGAGGGAGAUGAAGAUUCGGACAUUAAUUGAGAAGGUCGGCCAUGUCCUCGUCCUUGGCGUUCUUUAGCGGUUGCGCGCACAACAACUGCGAGUCCUCGGCUUCGUUAUCUUGCUUACAGCAGAUUUCCACAUCGAUUUCCAUUCCUUGUAAAAACCAAGCGACUACGACAACAGCAGUUAAGAAUCAAUCAUGCGCGAUUCAAGAAAGCGAAGAAUUAUUUUGUACAUUUCACAGCCUAGUUGAUUGCAG